UCCGACCAGUUUGUCAGGUUUACCUGACACCUCGUCCAAUCAGAGCAGCUGAAUCAGUCUCAGCCCGACGCUCACACAGUUUGUUCACACAGUUGUGUGUCAGGAUGUGGCCUCAGGCUCCGAUCAUGUCCUAUGAUGAAGCUGAUUGGGCGUCUGGGAUCUGUGACUGCUGGCAUAACACCAAACAGUGUUGUUGUCUGUUCUGGUGUUGUCCCUGCUUCGCCUGUAACACCUCUAAACAGUUCGGUCAGUGUUUGUGUCUCCCCCUGCUGGACGUCUUCGGCUGCUUCCGUCCCAUCACCAUGUCCAUGAGGACAUCUGCUCGCCAUCGCUACGGCAUCAAGGGCAGCCUGUGCAGAGACUGUUUGUGCUCCACCCUCUGUCCGUCCUGUGUCUGGGGUCAAAUCUCCACAGAGAUGAAGAGCAGGAGGAUUCCCACCGUACUGAGUGACAUCAUCCAGCGCUGAUGAUGUCAUCACUGUGACAUCACUGCUCCUCAACACGGCCUGAUUGGUCGGUGGAGGAAAAUGUGAUUGUACAAUAAUAAUAUGAUGAUAAUCAAACGUUUUAUUGAGCCAGUUUUUUGACUUUUUUUUUUUUUAUUCUUAUGAAAUGUGUCUGUUAUCUUUGAAAUAAAAACGUAUAAGUCAUGUGAAGAAGACCAAGCGGACCUCCUGUGACUGGUACCUGAAGAUUACUCUUCAGGAGGAUUACUACAUCAUACACUUAUAAGAAAUAAACGAUUCUCUCAUUUUCCAAA